AUCCACCGAGAGAGGUCCGAAGACAACAUAAACUGCUAAUUUUUGCCCCUUUGGUUUAACCCCGAAGCUCACUCGAGACUUCUGAAGGAUAUUAGUUAAUCCGUUGGUCUUAGGAACCAAAAACCCUUGGUGCAAAUCCAAGCAGUAGUUAUGCACCCCACCUCUUUAAUAAUAUCCUCAAGUCUCCUAAUUAUCUUUACCUUUUUACUAACACCUUUAAUUUCAACAAUAACAACAAAACCCUACCCAUCUAAUUGAUCUAUUACUUGAGUUAAAAAUUCAGUCAAAAUAGCAUUUAUAAUCAGCCUACUACCCUUAACAAUGUUUAUUAAUGAAGGAUUAGAAACUAUUAUCACCACCUGAACUUGAAUAAAUACAUCAACUUUUGAUAUUAAUAUUAGCUUCAAAUUCGACUUAUAUUCCGUAAUUUUCACCCCUGUAGCCUUAUACGUUACAUGGUCUAUCCUUGAGUUUGCAUCCUGAUAUAUACACUCUGACCCCGUUAUAAACCGAUUUUUUAAAUACCUGUUAGUAUUCUUAAUCGCUAUAUUAGUCUUAGUAACCUCAAAUAACAUAUUUCAACUAUUUAUCGGUUGAGAGGGGGUCGGGAUCAUAUCCUUCCUUUUAAUUGGGUGAUGGUAUGGACGAGCUGACGCCAAUGUGGCUGCCAUCCAAGCGGUUGUAUAUAAUCGAAUCGGAGAUAUUGGGUUAAUUUUAUUCAUAGCCUGAAUUGCUAUAAACCUAAACUCUUGGGAAAUUAGCCAAAUGUUUUCACUAGCUGAAAACAAAGAUCUUACUCUACCACUAAUAGGACUAGUCCUAGCUGCAACAGGGAAAUCAGCUCAAUUUGGGUUACACCCAUGAUUACCCUCAGCCAUAGAGGGCCCUACUCCGGUAUCUGCCCUAUUACACUCCAGCACAAUAGUAGUUGCUGGGAUCUUUUUACUUAUUCGGAUAAGUCCUUUAAUAGAAAAUAACCCUGCUAUCCUGACAACAUGCCUUUGUCUUGGGGCAUUAACCACUUUGUUCACAGCCAUUUGCGCUCUAACACAAAAUGAUAUCAAAAAAAUUGUAGCAUUUUCCACAUCUAGUCAACUAGGGUUGAUAAUAGUUACAAUUGGUCUCAAUCAACCCCAAUUAGCCUUCCUUCACAUCUGUACCCAUGCUUUCUUUAAAGCAAUAUUAUUCUUAUGCUCCGGAUCAUUAAUUCACAGCCUAAAUGAUGAACAAGACAUUCGAAAAAUAGGAGGAAUACACUUCCUCACCCCCUUCACCUCAUCCUCACUAACUUUGGGUAGCUUAGCUUUAACAGGAACGCCCUUCCUAGCCGGAUUUUUCUCAAAAGACGCCAUUAUUGAAUCAGUAAACACCUCGUAUUUAAACGCCUGAGCCCUCUUAUUAACCUUAGUUGCCACCUCAUUCACAGCGGUUUACAGCCUGCGAAUUGUCUAUUAUGUAACCAUAGGCUAUCCACGAUUCAACUCUUUAUCCCCUAUUAAUGAGAACAAUAAAUCAGUUAUCAACCCAAUUAAACGACUAGCUUGAGGAAGCAUUAUCUCAGGAUUGAUCAUUACAUCAAACAUAACUCCUGUAAAAAACCCAGUUAUAACUAUACCACAAUACGCUAAAAUAGCUGCCCUAAUUGUAACAGUACUUGGACUUAUCACAGCUUUAGAAAUAGCUCGUAAUACAUCUAAACAAUUAAGCAUCACCCCAAAACAAGCCCCCCACUCAUUUUCUAAUAUAUUAGGAUUUUACCCAUCCAUCAUACACCGACUACCUAUAAAACUCUCACUUCAAUUAGGACAAAACAUUGCCUCCCAAAAUAUUGACAUAACAUGAUUAGAAAAAAUUGGCCCUAAGGCCCUAUCAACCUUAAAUAUGCCUUUAAUUACAACUACAAGCAACACUCAAAAAGGUAUAAUUAAAACCUACUUAAUACUAUUUAUUUUAACCCUUACUCUAACCAUAGCAUUAUUGAUUUAAACCACUCGAAGUGUGCCACGAGCAAGACCCCGUGUUAACUCCAACACAACAAAUAAAGUUAAUAAAAGAACUCAAGCACUAAUAAUCAACACCCAACCCCCCGAAGAAUACAUCAAAGCCACUCCAGACAUAUCCCCUCGAAAUAUUGAUAAACCAGCUAUCUCAUCUACAGGCACUCAAGAACUUUCAUACCACCCCCCGUAAAAAUAAAAUAAAGCCAAAAUCACCCCUAAUAAAUAUAAAGCCCCGUAAACUGCAACUGAUCAACUACCUCAACUCUCAGGAUAAGCUUCAGCAGCCAAAGCAGCAGAAUAUGCAAAAACAACUAACAUCCCUCCUAGAUAAAUUAAAAAUAAAACUAAAGAUAAAAAAGGCCCUCCAAAACUCACCAUAACUCCGCAACCCAUCCCAGCUACAACCACCAGUCCCAAAGCAGCAAAAUAUGGCGAAGGAUUAGAAGCCACCGCAAUUAAACCAAAAAUUAACCCUAUUAAUAACAAAAAUAUCAAAUAAGUCAUAAUUUUUACCAGGAUUUUAACCAGGACUAAUGGCUUGAAAAACCACCGUUGUAAUUCAACUAUAAAAACCCUAAUGGCCAACCUUCGAAAAACCCACCCUAUUCUUAAAAUUGCCAACAGCGCCUUUGUAGACCUCCCUGCACCAUCUAACAUCUCCGUGUGAUGAAACUUUGGAUCACUGCUAGGAUUGUGCUUAAUAGCUCAAAUUAUCACAGGACUAUUUCUAGCAAUACAUUACACUUCAGAUAUUGCAACAGCUUUCUCCUCAGUAACACACAUUUGCCGAGAUGUAAACUACGGUUGACUAAUCCGCAACAUACAUGCUAACGGAGCAUCAUUCUUUUUCAUCUGUAUUUACAUACACAUUGCACGGGGACUUUAUUAUGGAUCAUAUUUAUACAAAGAAACCUGAAAUGUUGGAGUCGUACUUCUACUCCUAGUAAUAGCCACCGCAUUUGUAGGCUACGUACUACCCUGAGGACAAAUAUCCUUUUGAGGAGCCACAGUAAUUACUAACCUAAUAUCAGCUGUGCCUUACAUCGGAAACGAUUUAGUACAAUGAGUGUGGGGGGGAUUUUCUGUAGAUAACGCUACCCUAACCCGAUUCUUCGCAUUCCAUUUCCUACUCCCAUUCGUAAUCGCAGCCGCAUCUAUAGUCCACCUACUUUUCCUCCAUGAGACAGGGUCAAAUAACCCUGCCGGAAUUAAUUCUGACGCAGAUAAAAUCUCAUUCCACCCUUAUUUCUCAUAUAAAGACCUAUUAGGAUUCGCCGCCUUGUUAAUUAUACUCACAUCAAUUGCCCUAUUUACACCUAAUAUUCUAGGAGACCCCGAUAACUUCAUCCCAGCCAACCCUUUAGUAACCCCGCCUCAUAUCAAACCUGAAUGAUAUUUUCUAUUUGCUUAUGCUAUCCUACGAUCAAUCCCUAACAAACUAGGGGGUGUGUUAGCUUUAUUGUUCUCAAUUUUAGUGCUAAUACUGGUCCCAAUCCUUCACACAUCCAAACAACGGGGGCUCACCUUCCGACCUUUUGGUCAACUUAUAUUUUGGAUGUUAGUAGCAGAUAUGAUAAUUUUAACAUGAAUUGGAGGAAUGCCUGUAGAACCUCCGUAUAUCUUAAUCGGUCAACUGGCAUCAGUUAUUUACUUCCUUAUCUUUUUAGCAGCUUUACCUAUAUCAGGUUGAAUGGAAAAUAAAAUUCUUAAAUGAAAUUGCAUUUGUAGCUCAGCAUCAGAGCGCCGGUUUUGUAAACCGGAGGUCGGAGGUUAAACCCCUCCCCACUGCUCAGAAAAAGGAGAGUCGAACUCCCGCCGCCGGCUCCCAAAGCUGGUAUUCUAUGUUAAAAUAUUUUCUGGUACAUAUAUGAAAUAUUAUGUAUAUAUAUAUACAUAGUGCAUACUAUUAAUCCCCUAGAACAUAUAUGUAUAAAAACCAUUAAUUUAUGUAAACCAUAAAUUAAUAAUAUUAAACUAAGGUAGACAUAAACCUAAAAAUUAUUAAUUAAGCAUCACAAAUUUAAAUGCUGAGAAAUUUAAGACCUAACACUAUACUCAUAAGUGAUGAUAUACCAGGACUCCAAAUAUCAUUAACUAGAGUAAGAUAUGUAGUAAGAGCCUACCAAACAAUCUAUUUCUUAAGGAUAACGGUUAUUGAUGGUCAGGAGCCCUAAUUGAAGGGUUGUUACCUAAAAGGUGAAUUAUUCCUGGCAUCUCCUCCUUUUUCAGGUCCAUUAAGUUUAUUAAUCCGCACACUUUUAUCGACGCUUACAUUGACUAAUGGUGUUAAACCUUCGACUCGUUACCCCCCAAGCCGAGCGUUCUCUCCACAGGGGCAGCUGGUUCCUUUUUUUUUUCUCCUUUCGUGAACAUUUCAGAGUGCACACGGCCCUAUGAUAGAAGGUGGAACAUACGUUCCUUACUGAGUAAUAUAUAUGUAGUGUUGAAAAUACAUUACUUAAGAAUCGCAUAAAUUUUUUUCUAGAGCAUAAUAAAUACCAUAUUCCCUAUAGGUCGCCCCCCCUUCUGUUUUAAUAAAAUAAACCCCCCAACCCCCCUAAAGCCCAAAGGUUACUAUCAAUAUUACAAAAAGGGUUUAAACAGCAAAACCCAGAGAUUAUUGAUCACCUAAUAAGUGUACAAGUGGUGUAUAGUUUUGUAUUUAUAUAUUACCAAUUUUUAAAAAUAUAUUGUAUUACACCCAUUCACUAAUACUGGUCAAAACAGAAUACUAGAAGGCUAUCGUAGCUUAAAACUUAAAGCAUAACACUGAAGAUGUUAUUAUGAACCCCAGAAAGUUCCGAAAGCACAAAGGCUUGGUCCUAGCUUUACUAUUAUUUACAACCAAACUUACACAUGCAAGCAUCCGCACCCCCGUGAGAAUGCCCUUUACCCUCUUAUGAGAUCAAGGAGCUGGUAUCAGGCACAUAUAAUUGCCCACAACACCUUGCUUAGCCACUCCCCCAAGGGAAUUCAGCAGUGAUAAACAUUAAGCCAUAAGUGCAAACUUGACUUAGUUAAGGUUUUUAGGGCCGGUAAAACUCGUGCCAGCCACCGCGGUUAUACGAGAGGCUCAAGAUAAUAGAAAUCGGCGUAAAGAGUGGUUAAGUGUUAAACAACUAAAGUUAAACAUCUUCCAAGCUGUCAUACGCACCCGAAGAUAUGAGACUCAUUUACGAAAGUGACUUUACAAAACUGAACCCACGAAAACUAUGAAACAAACUGGGAUUAGAUACCCCACUAUGCAUAGUCUUAAACAAAAGUAUUUUAAUUACAUCAUACUCGCCAGGGUACUACGAGCUUUAGCUUAAAACCCAAAGGACUUGGCGGUGCUUUACACCCACCUAGAGGAGCCUGUUCUAUAACUGAUAACCCCCGUUAAACCUCACCCUAUUUUGCUUAAUCAAUUUAUAUACCGCCGUCGUCAGCUUACCUUGUGAGAGAACAAUAGUGAGCAAAACUAGUUUAAACCCAAAACGUCAGGUCGAGGUGUAGUUUAUAAUAGGGGAAGAAAUGGGCUACACUCAUUUACUAAUGAAUACGGAUGGUAUAUUGAAACAUAAACCUAAAGGAGGAUUUAGCAGUAAGAAGAAAAUAGAGUGUUCAUCUGAAACCGGCUCUAAAGCGCGCACACACCGCCCGUCACUCUCCCCAAUAAUAUAACCUAAAAUUAAUUAAAACACAUAUAAAAACAAGGGGAGGCAAGUCGUAACAUGGUAAGUGUACCGGAAGGUGUGCUUGGAAUACCAGAGCAUAGCUGAAGUAGUUAAAGCAUCUCACUUACACCGAGAAGUUGUUCUUGCAAAUAGAACUGCCCUGAUACUAAAAUGCUAGCUCACACACUAAAAUCAAAUAAAAACUAAAAAUAACCCCUAAUACCCUAAUAAAUAGUAUUAAAACAUUUUACAACCUAAGUAAGGGAGACUGAAAAGGAAUAUGAAGCUAAAAAAAUAGUACCGCAAGGGAAAGCUGAAAAAGAAAUUAAACAAAUAAUUUAAGUAAAUAAUAGCAAAGAUUAAAUCUUGUACCUUUUGCAUCAUGGUUUAACAAGACAUCUCAAGCAAAGAGACCUUUAGUUUGCUACCCCGAAACUAAGCGAGCUACUCCGAGACAGUCAAUACAAAUGGACAAAUCCGUACCUGUGGCAAAAGGUUGGAGUGAUCUCCGAGUAGAGGUGAUAAGCCAAACGAGCUUGGUUAUAGCUGGUUGCCUGAAAAAUGAAUAUAAGUUCAGCCUAUAAUAUACCCUAAACCCCUUUAAAAUCAACAAAUAGGUUUAGUUAAUAAUAUUAUAGAGUUAGUCAAAAGGGGUUCAGCUCUUUUGACAUAGGAUACAACCUUAAAAGGAGGUCAAAGAUCAUAAACAAUAAAGUAUACACAUGCCUUUGUGGGCCUGAAAGCAGCCAUCAAAAAAGAAAGCGUUAAAGCUCAAGCACUAAUGAACUUUUAAUUCAGAUAAUUACUCUAAAACCCCUAAAUUCAUCAGGCCUUUCCAUUUUACAUGAAAAUGAUAAUGUUAAUAUGAGUAAUAAGAGAAAUUAAAGAUUCUCUCCUUUUAGCAAAGGUGUGCCUCGGAUCGAACUAACACCGAAACUUAAUGACCCCGCCACCAGAGGGAAGUGUUGUAAAAAUAAAAAACAAGAAAAAACAACAACAAAAAUCAUCAACCCCACACUGGAUUGCCAACUAGGAUAAACUAAAAGGGUAAGAAGGAACUCGGCAAAAAUAACUAACCUCGCCUGUUUACCAAAAACACCGCCUCUUGCAUUACAAAAUGAAUAAGAGGUCCCGCCUGCCCUGUGACCAUAUGUUUAACGGCCGCGGUAUUUUGACCGUGCAAAGGUAGCGCAAUCACUUGUCUUUUAAAUAAAGACCUGUAUGAAUGGCAUAACGAGGGCUAAACUGUCUCCUUACCCCAGUUAAUGAAAUUGAUCUUUCCGUGCAGAAGCGGGAAUAAACCCAUAAGACGAGAAGACCCUGUGGAGCUUUAGAUGAUAAAUGAAUUUAUUUAAAAAUCAAUGCCAAAUAAAAGGCAGUAAAACAAUAACCUCAUUUUAAAUCUUUAGUUGGGGCGACCGCGGAGUAAUACAAAACCUCCGUGAGGAUUGAGGUAAAACCUUAUACCUAAGAAUGUCAUUUCUAAGUGUCAGAACAUUUGACCCACAGAUCCGGCAAUAGCCGAUUAACGAACCUAGUUACCCCAGGGAUAACAGCGCAAUCCUCUUUGAGAGUCCCUAUCGACAAGGGGGUUUACGACCUCGAUGUUGGAUCAGGACAUCCUAAUGGUGUAGCCGCUAUUAAGGGUUCGUUUGUUCAACGAUUAAAGUCCUACGUGAUCUGAGUUCAGACCGGAGUAAUCCAGGUCAGUUUCUAUCUAUGUAUGUGACCUUCUUCAGUACGAAAGGACCAAGAAGGAUGGGCCCAUGUUUUAAAACAAGCCCACUUUUUAACCCUUGAAAAAAUAUCAAAGGUUGAAAAAACACAAAAAAUAAUAGAAUAUAACUAUAUGUUAAGGUGGCAGAAUCCGGUUAUUGCAAAAGACCUAAGCCCUUUGAACAGAGGUUCAAAUCCUCUCCUCAACUAUGACUACCAUGAUUUUAACACAUAUUAUUAACCCACUAAUAUACAUUAUUCCUGUAUUACUAGCAGUAGCUUUCUUAACUUUACUAGAACGAAAAGUAUUAGGCUACAUACAACACCGAAAAGGGCCUAACAUUGUAGGACCCUAUGGAUUACUUCAACCAAUCGCAGACGGGGUGAAACUUUUUAUCAAAGAGCCAGUUAAACCAUCCACAUCUUCCCCAAUCUUGUUUCUAAUCACCCCAAUACUAGCAUUAACACUUGCUCUUAUAUUGUGGGCCCCCUUACCUACACCACACCCUUUUAUUAAUGUUAACUUAGGGUUAUUACUUAUUCUAGCAUUAUCAAGCCUUGCAGUCUACUCUAUUUUAGGGUCAGGAUGAGCAUCAAAUUCAAAAUAUGCACUAAUCGGAGCAUUACGAGCCGUAGCCCAAACCAUUUCAUAUGAAGUAAGUUUGGGAUUAAUCCUACUAGCAUUAGUUAUCUUCACUGGAAACUUCACACUACAAUCAUUUGGUACCACACAAGAGAGCCUAUGACUAGUUAUCCCAACAUGACCCUUAGCAGCAAUAUGGUACAUCUCAACAUUAGCUGAAACAAAUCGGGCGCCGUUUGAUUUAACAGAGGGUGAAUCAGAACUUGUUUCUGGUUUUAAUGUUGAAUACGCAGGGGGCCCUUUUGCAUUAUUUUUCCUUGCAGAAUAUGCUAAUAUUUUACUUAUAAACACCCUAUCGACUAUUCUAUUCUUAGGGGCAUCUCACAUUCCCUUACUACCAGAACUUACAACAAUUAACCUUAUAUUAAAAGCAACACUACUAUCAGUCGUGUUCUUAUGGGUUCGAGCCUCGUACCCACGAUUCCGAUAUGACCAAUUAAUACACCUCAUUUGAAAAAAUUUCUUACCACUAACCUUAGCCUUAGUUAUCUGACAUUUAUCCACACCUCUAGCAUUAGCAGGGCUUCCACCCCACGUAUAAAGGAAUUAUGCCUGAAUACUAAAGGACCACUUUGAUAGAGUGCAUUACGGGGGUUAAAGUCCCCCUAAUUCCUUAGAAAGAGAGGACUUGAACCCCACUUAAGAGAUCAAAACUCUUAGUGCUUCCCACUACACCACUUCCUAAAGUAAAGUCAGCUAAAUUAAGCUUUUGGGCCCAUACCCCAAAAAUGUAGGUUAAAACCCUCCCUUUACUAAUGAACCCCUAUAUUAUAUCAUUCCUUCUACUAGGUCUAGGCUUAGGUACUACCAUUACAUUCAUAAGCUCUCAUUGAUUAAUAGCAUGAAUAGGCUUAGAAAUUAAUACACUAGCAAUCAUCCCCCUAAUAGCACAACACCACCACCCACGGUCUGUAGAAGCUUCAACAAAAUACUUUCUCACCCAAGCCACAGCUGCAGCAAUAAUCCUAUUUGCUAGCUCCACUAACGCCUGAAUUACAGGACAAUGAAGCAUCAAUGAGAUAUCACAUCUUAUUCCUACAACCAUUAUGAUACUAGGACUAGCUCUGAAAAUUGGUAUGGCACCUCUCCACACAUGAAUACCAGAAGUACUUCAAGGACUUGAUCUAACCACAGGGUUAAUCAUAUCAACAUGACAAAAGCUAGCACCAUUUUCCUUACUAAUACAAAUAAACCUAAAUAACCCUGUAUUAAUCACAAUAGCAGUUAUAUCAACCAUAGUGGGGGGCUGGGGGGGCUUAAACCAAACGCAAUUGCGAAAGAUCUUGGCAUACUCAUCAAUUGCCCAUAUUGGAUGAAUAAUCCUUGUCCUACAGUUUUCACCCUCACUAACACUACUAACUCUUCUAAUCUACAUCCUUAUAACACUUUCUGUAUUCAGCUUAUUCAAAGUAAAUAAAACAACUUCUAUCAACUCACUAGCUACAUCAUGAUCAAAAUCUCCUACAAUCACCGCACUAGCUCCCCUUGUCCUACUAUCAUUAGGGGGGUUACCACCACUUACAGGGUUUGGACCAAAGUGAAUAAUCUUAUCAGAACUAACAAAACAAGAACUUAAUACUAUUGCAACAAUUACAGCAUUAUCUGCUUUACUAAGCCUAUAUUUUUACCUGCGACUCUCAUAUGCUAUAACACUAACCCUUUCACCAAAUACUACCCCUAUAACCAACCAGUGACGGUAUCACACCAAGCAACCUAUUAUUCACCUAUCCAUCUCCACCAUCAUAUCAUUAAUAAUACUCCCCAUUUUACCUAGCAUAAUAACUUUAAUCAACUAAGAGUUUAGGUUAAUAAAAGACCAAAGGCCUUCAAAGCCUUAAGUAGAAGUGAAAAUCCUCUAACUCUUGAUAAGACUUGCGGGAAAUUAACCCACAUCUACUGUAUGCAAAACAGACACUUUAAUUAAGCUAAAGCCUUACUAGAUGGGAAGGCCUCGAUCCUACAAUUUCCUAGUUAACAGCUAGACACUCUAACCAGCGAGCAUCCAUCUACUUUCCCCCCGCCUUGAAAGGCGGAAAGGCGGGGGGAAAGCCCCGGCAAAAAUUAAUUGGCCACUUAAGAUUUGCAAUCUUAUGUGUAAAACACCUCAAGGCUUGGUAUGAAGAGGGCUUAAACCUCUGUAUGUGGGGUUACAAUCCACCGCUUACUCAGCCAUCCUACCUGUGGCAAUCACGCGAUGAUUUUUCUCAACCAAUCACAAAGACAUCGGCACCCUAUACUUAGUAUUUGGUGCUUGGGCCGGAAUAGUCGGCACUGCACUCAGCCUUUUAAUCCGAGCAGAACUAAGUCAGCCGGGAGCUUUACUAGGAGACGAUCAAAUCUAUAAUGUUAUCGUUACUGCUCAUGCUUUUGUAAUGAUUUUCUUCAUAGUCAUACCAAUUAUAAUCGGAGGUUUCGGCAACUGAUUAGUCCCAUUAAUAAUUGGGGCACCUGACAUAGCCUUUCCUCGAAUGAAUAAUAUGAGUUUCUGAUUAUUACCUCCUUCCUUCCUACUUCUCCUUGCUUCAUCCGGAGUAGAAGCGGGGGCAGGAACAGGUUGGACUGUUUACCCACCAUUAGCUGGUAACCUGGCCCAUGCUGGAGCUUCUGUAGAUUUAACAAUUUUCUCUCUCCAUUUAGCAGGUAUUUCAUCUAUUCUAGGAGCAAUUAACUUUAUUACUACUAUUAUUAACAUAAAACCCCCGUCAAUUUCUCAAUAUCAAACACCGUUAUUUGUGUGAGCAGUUUUAGUGACCGCAGUUUUACUAUUACUUUCACUUCCUGUUCUGGCGGCUGGUAUUACCAUACUUCUCACAGAUCGAAACUUAAAUACAACAUUUUUUGAUCCUUCUGGAGGAGGAGACCCUAUCCUUUACCAACACUUAUUCUGAUUCUUUGGGCAUCCUGAAGUUUAUAUUCUUAUCCUACCAGGUUUCGGCAUGAUCUCACAUAUUGUAGCCUACUACUCUGGUAAAAAAGAACCUUUUGGUUAUAUAGGAAUAGUGUGAGCAAUAAUAGCAAUUGGACUUCUAGGGUUUAUUGUUUGAGCUCAUCAUAUGUUCACUGUGGGGAUAGAUGUAGAUACACGAGCAUACUUUACCUCAGCAACCAUAAUUAUCGCCAUUCCUACUGGUGUAAAAGUAUUUAGCUGAUUAGCCACACUUCACGGAGGCUCUAUUAAAUGAGAAACCCCCCUAUUAUGAGCUCUGGGGUUCAUCUUUUUAUUUACUGUUGGAGGACUAACAGGUAUUGUGUUAGCAAACUCCUCUUUAGAUAUUGUAUUACAUGAUACUUAUUACGUAGUUGCUCAUUUCCACUAUGUUCUCUCAAUAGGUGCUGUAUUUGCAAUUAUAGCAGGAUUUGUGCACUGGUUUCCCUUAUUUACAGGUUAUACACUACACAGCUCUUGAACCAAAAUUCAUUUUGGUGUAAUAUUUGCUGGUGUAAACCUAACAUUCUUCCCUCAACACUUCUUAGGAUUAGCUGGUAUACCACGCCGAUACUCUGAUUACCCAGACGCAUACUCAUUAUGAAACACUGUCUCCUCUAUUGGAUCGCUUGUGUCUUUAAUCGCCGUAAUCAUAUUCUUAUUUAUUAUUUGAGAAGCAUUCGCUGCUAAACGAGAAGUGCUAACAGUUGAACUAACCUCAACAAAUAUUGAAUGACUGCACGGAUGUCCACCACCAUACCACACAUUUGAGGAACCUGCCUUUGUUCAAGUACAAGCAAACAAUUAGACGAGAAAGGAGGGAAUUGAACCCCCAUAAAAUGGUUUCAAGCCACCCACAUAACCGUUCUGUCACUUUCUUUAUUUAAUUAACCAAGAUAUUAGUAAAAUAUUAUACUGCUUUGUCAAGGCAGAGUUGUUGGUUAAACCCCUACAUAUCUUAAAUAAUGGCUUAUCCCUCCCAACUAGGUUUUCAAGACGCAGCAUCACCUGUAAUAGAAGAAUUACUUCAUUUUCAUGAUCAUGCAUUAAUAAUUGUAUUUCUGAUCAGCACCUUAGUGCUUUAUAUUAUUGUAGCCAUAGUAACUACUAAACUAACAAACAAAUUCUUAUUAGACUCACAAGAGAUUGAAAUUAUUUGAACUGUUCUUCCUGCAAUUAUUCUUAUUCUAAUCGCCCUCCCAUCACUACGAAUCCUAUACCUUAUGGAUGAAGUGAAUGAUCCUCAUCUAACAAUCAAAGCAGUUGGACAUCAGUGAUACUGAAGUUACGAGUAUACUGAUUAUGAAGAUUUGGCCUUCGAUUCCUACAUAAUCCCAACUCAAGACCUUACGCCAGGUCAAUUCCGACUAUUAGAAGCAGAUCACCGUAUAGUAAUCCCAGUUGAAUCACCUAUUCGAGUAUUAGUAUCUGCAGAAGAUGUACUCCACUCAUGAGCAGUCCCUUCUUUAGGGGUUAAAAUGGAUGCAGUACCAGGACGACUUAAUCAAACAGCUUUUAUCACAUCACGACCAGGCGUGUUUUAUGGACAAUGUUCAGAAAUCUGUGGUGCUAACCACAGCUUCAUGCCUAUUGUAGUAGAAGCAGUACCAUUACAACAAUUUGAAAACUGAUCAUCUCUAAUACUUGAAGACGCCUCGUUAAGAAGCUAAACAGGACCUCAGCGUUAGCCUUUUAAGCUAAAAAUUGGUGACUCCCGACCACCCUUAGCGACAUGCCUCAAUUAAAUCCCACACCUUGAUUAAUAAUUCUCCUAUUUACAUGAUUAGUUUUUACUAUCAUUAUUCCACCUAAAGUCAUAGCACACAAAUACCCUAAUGAACCAAAUGUUUUAAGCAGUAAAACAUUAAAAACAACCCCUUGAAACUGACAAUGACACUAAGCUUUUUUGACCAAUUUAUUAGUCCCAUAUUUUUAGGUAUCCCACUAAUAGCUUUAGCUAUUUUACUACCUUGAAUCAUAUUCCCAACCCCCUCUUCUCGUUGGAUAAACAACCGCCUCCUUACAUUACAAAACUGGUUUAUUAAUCUAUUCACAAAACAACUUCUACUUCCCUUAAAUACUUCAGGUCAUAAAUGGGCACUAAUCUUAGCCUCAUUAAUAAUCUUCCUGAUUUCUUUAAAUAUACUCGGACUACUUCCUUACACUUUCACUCCUACAACUCAACUCUCCUUAAACAUAGGACUAGCUGUACCAUUAUGACUAGCAACUGUUAUUAUCGGGAUGCGAAACCAACCCACACACUCCUUAGGCCACCUAUUGCCAGAAGGCACACCUGUAUUACUAAUCCCUGUGCUUGUUAUUAUUGAAACAAUUAGCCUAUUUAUUCGGCCUGUUGCCCUGGGUGUUCGACUAACAGCAAAUUUAACCGCGGGGCACCUAUUAAUCCAGCUUAUUGCAACAGCAGCAUUUGUCCUUAUACCCCUAAUACCCACAGUGGCAUUACUAACAACAAUUUUAUUAUUCUUGCUUACAUUAUUAGAAGUAGCUGUUGCUAUAAUUCAAGCUUAUGUAUUCGUAUUACUACUAAGUCUUUAUUUACAAGAAAACGUUUAAUGGCCCACCAAGCACAUGCAUACCACAUAGUAGACCCAAGCCCCUGACCCCUUACAGGUGCAAUCGCAGCCCUUCUAAUAACUUCAGGGUUAGCUAUUUGAUUCCAUUUUAACUCAACUAUUCUAAUAACAGUUGGGUUAAUCUUACUGCUUUUAACAAUAAUCCAAUGAUGACGUGAUAUUAUCCGAGAGGGGACAUUCCAAGGGCACCAUACCCCCCCAGUACAAAAGGGGUUGCGAUAUGGUAUAAUCCUAUUUAUCACCUCAGAAGUUUUCUUUUUUCUAGGAUUCUUUUGAGCUUUCUACCACUCUAGCCUGGCCCCAACCCCAGAACUAGGCGGUUGUUGACCCCCUUCUGGAGUUAUCACACUUGAUCCUUUUGAAGUGCCUCUACUUAACACAGCAGUUCUACUUGCCUCUGGUGUUACAGUAACUUGAGCUCACCAUAGCAUUAUAGAAGGUGAACGAAAACAAGCCAUCCACUCACUCACCCUGACUAUUCUCUUAGGUUUCUACUUUACGUUCCUUCAAGCGAUAGAAUAUUAUGAAGCCCCCUUCACAAUCGCUGAUGGCGUUUAUGGAUCAACAUUCUUUGUAGCGACAGGAUUCCACGGAUUACAUGUUAUCAUUGGAUCAACAUUCCUAGCAGUUUGCUUAGUCCGACAAAUUCAAUACCACUUCACAUCACAACACCACUUUGGGUUUGAAGCUGCCGCAUGAUACUGACAUUUUGUAGAUGUUGUAUGAUUAUUCCUUUAUGUCUCAAUUUAUUGAUGAGGAUCUUA